CUUUGUGGAUAUGGUGUCCGCGAAUCAUCGGAGGCAGCGAUAAACACCAAUGUACUUACGGCGCUGACGGCGUUUCUCCACGGGUUGGAGAUGCAGGCACUUGUCCAAAAGCAAGCGUCAUGCUGCGAAUAUGGUUUCGUCUACCGGGCACUCUCAGGAGCGGGCGCGUGCUCUGCAAAGGAGCAGAGACAGGCUGAAGCACUAACGGACUUCACGAUCCGCGGCGGAGUACUAUUCCACAAAGACCGCGUGUACAUCCCGAAGCAGGAAGCGCCCGACGUGCACGUAGCUGACCCGGUACUGCCGAGCACGGUUCACCUCCGCACGAAUGUGGUGCAGAGCAUACAUCACAACUGGUGUUUGCACGGCUCCAAUAACAAGACCUACCUCUGCGUCUUUAUGUACUUCAGCUGGCCACGGUUGCAGGACACUGUCGACGAAGUCCUCGCUACGUGUGUAGACUGCCAGAUGUUGCACCGCAAGGAGGCAGAGCUGCGCAACUACGGCUUCGCCCCUCCACGGCGAGAGAUCUUCAGAUCUUACGUGAUCGACCACAUCACGGACUUACCGGACGCAGGCGGAUUCACGUGCAUCCUCCGGGUUGUCGAGGAGCUCAUCGACUACAUCUGGCUCAUCCCCGUUGCGUCCACCAGCCAUGAGGAAACAUGGAAUGCACUCGAGACACGAGUUUGGGCAGAAGUAGGCUGGCCGCUCAGAGUAAAAGGCGACGGCUUCUUCCGAGAAAUGAAGCUACGCUUCGCGCGCCGUGGUGUUCACCUCGCCAUUGGUCUCAAAGGAAACGCGCGUGGACAGUGGCAGGCAGAAAGACCAAACCGCGACGUCACGCCGUCUAUCCUCAAGACCUGCUGGAGAGCAAAAAGCAGCUGGC